AUGGAGCGAACCAGCAAGCUCGCCCAGCUCACCCUCGUAUCGAAAUAUUACCCCGUGGCAAACUACUCGUACCCUCGCAGCGAGGGUUACGCUGCCCGCACCCCCUACAACAGCAGGAGAUCGUCGAAUGAGGCUGAGGAUAAGAGGACGUCGCUUGCCUCGCAGGCACCGACCAGUCCGUUCAUGUCGUUGUCGCCGCCGCUGCCCAGCCUGAUUGACGACCGCACCGACUCCGAGGCUUCGGCAGACGACGACGAUAUCCGGUACCACGCCCACGGGGACGAGCUCUGGGACAGCUUCCUGGAAUCCGGACUCUACAUUCACGACAAUCUUCACAUUCACGACAACCAAACGAAGAGAGCCGACGCAAUGGCUUCUUUUGUUACAGCGCCAGAGUGUGUUGUCCCUCCUGUGGUUCCUCAGAAGGACUAUCCCGCCUUGAUUGCCUCGCCUCAUCAGGUGAGGAGACGGCCUCUAACUCAGGGGCGUCGCUCUCAGGAGUGCUCCUGGCCGCUCUCCGAUAGCCCGCCAAGAAGAAGACCAUCGCCAAUAUAUUCAGCAUUCCCCAAGAUUGUGUCAAUACCAUCUGGCAGAUGCUCAAGACAGAGCUCAACCUCUCAACUCUCCACCGUCUGCUCAACGGACGCUCCCCGUGCUCCUCAAGACGCUCCUCCUCUUCCUCCAAGGCCGUCUGGUUCGCAUCCCCGUUCAGCAAGCCCUCACCCAAGGGCCUUCUCUCCCGCCACCUUCGUGGUAUUCCAACGCCCCAGCAGCUCUCACGGCUCACGGCCAACCACCCCCCUGGACUACUACUACUACCCUCCUCCUCCCUCUCCUCCACCAACCGCACCGCUCCCAGCUCUUCCGCCUCUCUCCUCCCGGCCUCCCCAUCCAUCCACCCUCACGCCUCGAUGCUCCAACCUCAGCCAAGUCGAGCCCUCGCCUCAAACCCUCCGCCCCUAUAAAUCAACCACACAACUACGCCCCCCGCCUCCCCCAGAGCCGCUCCCCAUCUCCGUCUUCGAAUACGACACAGACUCAGACUGUGACGACGGCGACAGCGAGAGCAGCUCCUCGGGAUCCCCGACUCUGUCCUUCUUCCGCUUCCACAGACGGAGUCAGAGCCCAAACACAACCGAAGGCAUCCUCGCCCGCCGUCGCGGCUCCGCUUCCAAAACCUCCGUCCAGCAAUCCUUUGUCGACGCCGCCACCGUCGCAAAGGACCGCCGGCGACGCAAGAGGACAAACACCAUGGAAAGCUUGGGGAAGCAAUCCGAUGUGCUAAGUAGGAUGCUUGGCCGUCGGAGUCGCUAA